AUGUCAAACUCAACCAAUCCGUGUCGUGCACACAAUUCUCGAGAUUGUUGGGUCGAUGUGACUGCCAAUAUAUCUAGAAGAUGUUCUGGUCAUUCUGUAUGUAAAAAUCUUGUUCAUUAUUCAUCUGAAAUAUCUGCUGAUUUGUUGGCGAGAGAAUGUUCUUUCAUAAUCGACAAUGCUGUUGAGCUAACGUUAUUCGUAGAAUAUGACUGUAUUUCAACAAUUUUUGUAACACGAAUAUCUAGUGAAAAUCAUGUGGAUCCUGAACAGAUUGGUGGUCAUUUAUUCAGCUUUAUUUAUAAUGAAAUAGUAAAAAGUGGUUCAGAAUGA